GCGACGUGGUGCUGAGGGACCUGCAGCUCAAGGAGGAGGCGCUCAACCGCCUGCGCCUGCCCAUCGCCGUCAAGGCCGGCUUCAUCGGAUCCGCCAACCUCAAGGUCUGGGCUGCUCCUCCCCCGCUGCUCGCACUGCUCGCAUGCAUGCUGCUCUAG